UUUCAUGUCAUUUUGAGUAUACACACCAUACCUUCACAACCUUUAGUGCUAUAAAUAAUCCGGCAAUAAUGAGAUAAAGCGAUGAAAGAUAGAGCUUAGCCCGUGUAACAGUCGUCAUGGCAACCUCGGCACCCAUGGAGCAAUGGAGUAUCCGAGAGAAGCUAUGCCUGGCUUCCUCUGUGAUGCGCAGCGGGGAUCAGAACUGGGUCUCUGUGAGCAGAGCUAUCAAACCCUUCAUUGAACCAAACAGACCCUUAGAUUGGUUCUCACAAAAGAAUUGUGCUAUACAGUAUUCAGCAAUGCUCGAGGCAGUGGACACGCCCAAGAGGAAGAGGAGUGGGGAGAAGGGAGAGGUGGAGACACCCGUUGAGCUCCUGGUCCGUCGUAUGACCCAGGAGCGGAUCGAGGACCUGAGGCAUCAGAUCUCAGAUGACCGCAGGAAGUUCAAGCAGCUCCAGGAAGAGAUUCAUAACAUACAGGGCGGUCAGCUGGAUGACCAGCUGCCCAAGAUAUGGGCAGAAAUACAAGAGAAGAAGCGUCUAGAAGAGGAAGCACUAGAGAACAGGAGAUUAGCAGCAGAGGCUAAGGCAGCAGCAGCAGCGGCAGCCAAACUGAAGCUCAGCCUUCAGUCCCCCAACAAGAAACGUCCUCCCAUCAGACUUCCAAAGGUCCCGCCUCCUAAGCCACAAACCACACCCACUCCAGCAGAAGAGGAUGAGUCUGCCAUGGACACUGAGCCAAUCAUCUCUGUUGAAAGUUCAGAACCUGCCGCCGAUUUAGAUGUGGAGCAAGUGGUCCAGGAAGAUGACCAAUCCCAGCCUGAACUGCUCUCAUCACUCCUGACAGCGCAGGAGGAAGAAGAGAAGAAUGCGAGGAAGGACGGCAACCAAGCAUCGGAGGCUGUCACAAUAGAUGAAUUCACUCACAUCUUCUCUGAUAGCACCAAGACACCACCCUCUAAGGAGACUGAGAAACAGAAACAACUCUCUACAACUAAAAUCAAGGAGACCCCUACCCUUUCUAAGCUUCUUCUCCCAUCCCCCCUGUCAGAAAGUGGAACGACCCCAGACAAAGAAGGAGCAGAUGGAGCAGUGGACGAUUCCAUUGAGGAUGAAGGGGAGGAGAUCAUGCGGGAGGAAAAGGAAAAGGAAAAGAAAGACGAUGUUAAAAAAGACGACAAAAAAGAUAAUGUUGAAGUUCCGCAAGAAAAGCAGACAGAGGAACCUUCAGCGAAAACAGCUGGAGAAAAGACUACUUCAGAGAUCAUCGUGGUGAGCAGCAAACCCGAGGCAGAGGGUCGUAAGGCGGAGUCGGGAGGUGGCAAGCUCCUUCGUUCCCACCAUGAACCCAUAGACAUGGAGCCUGUGUCUCCAGGAGCCCUGAGCAAGACGGAGAAGAAGAGAGGGAGGGGUCGGCCUAGCAACGCCUCUAGGAAGAGCUCUAGGAUGAGGAGUAAACCGGAUGAUGAUGAUGACGACACUGUCAUGAGUUUUGAUGAUCUUAAAGACGAGACUAGGAGCGACGCUGCUGAUUCUGAAGAUCACGAUAGACCAUCAGAGAGCGAUGAUGCUUCGGUUGCCAAUUUGCAAUCUUCGCUCUAUUGUGAUUCAUUGCCAAACAGUCCUUCAUCUGUGCCACAUAGUGAGGAGGACCAUGCGUAUAGAGUAUGGAGAAAGGCCAUUAUGCUGGUAUGGAGAGCUGCUGCAAGCCACAAAUAUGCCAGUGUCUUCCUUCACCCGGUGACGGAGGACAUCGCCCCAGGUUACUGCAGCAUCGUUCACCAGCCGCUGGACCUCAUCACCAUCAAGAAGAAGAUAGAGAACGGAACCAUCAGGACGACGGAGUCCUUCCAUCGGUACAUCUUGAUCAUGUUUCAGAAUGCUAUCAUGUAUAACAGCUCUGAUCAUGACGUCCAUGAUAUGGCAGUCAGCAUGCAGAAUGAUGUGAUCAGCUUUAUAGAGGAGUUCAUCUCCACCCAGCUGAUGGUACAGCAACCAGACUCCUCUAAGAGUCUGAGAGGGAGAGAGACCAUGGCUCGUAGGUCAGAGGUCAGUGCACCAAAGGAUGAGGAAUUGAAAGCAAGACGUAGCUCUACCGAUCACCAAGAAACAAGCGGAAAGAAGAGACGGACAAGAGCUGAUGAAAUCUAGAAUUCUCUUCUUUCUCUAGACAGAACUACUACUCUUCAUACUAGAAUAUCUGUAAUAAUAUCUGUAAAAUGCAGAGAUGUUGGUUUAAUGCGCUGUGUAAAUCGAGAUUAUUUUUGAUGAUGUUUGGUUUCUUGUACGAUGCUCAACAUGCUCUAUCAGCAUCCUUUAACUGACUACCGUACCAAUUUCAGAAAGGGUUUGAAAAUGCCCUUUGUUGAAAAAUAAUGACCAUUAGUUGUUGAAUCUACAUAAGUGUUUGCAAUCACUUAAGUAAU